AACAUAUGGAUGGUGUCAUCCUUCUCCUUUAGCAACAUUAACAGCUCUGCAACGAACAAACGAGUUGGGAGUUUAUCUUCUUCGCUUGUUCCCAUAUAUAGCCCCCUAGCUCUGCUUUUGCUUUAUCGUCGUCGUCGUUGUUGACCGCUUCUCCGAUUGAACCCGAUUCUUCAAUUUCAAUGAUUUAAGAAGAGAAACCAAUCGUCGACUAUACCGCCACCGUCUUACGGAAAAUUAGAAGCAGAUAAAAGAGAUAUGGCGAUGCGGGACCUAGUUGCAGGAGGAGCGGCGUGUGCGGUUCCGGGUUCUUCAUCUUCCAAUCCUCUUGGCGCUCUUGCCAAUACUCUUCUAGGCUCCUCUUCUAAGACUCAGGAAAGGCUAAAGGAAAUCCCUACAGCGACCGCUACAAGUUCGGAGAAUCGUUUUUUCCAGGAUGUUGAGGACCCUUUGAGAGCACUUCCAGGGGCUGAGUUUGAACAACAGCCAUUUUCUCACCCUGGUGGUCAGGGUUCGGAAUUCCUUUGGGGGUUUCGCUCUACGGAUCAGAAUGGACUCGCAGAUGCCUGGGAUGAGAUAGAGCGGUCUCAUGUUCCUCGUCCAUCUCAGGCUAACGUUCCUCAAUUGGAUCAUGUAUAUGAUCGUGGACCUCAGCUUCAACCGACUGUGUAUGGACCACCCCAAAGAGUGUUGUCAAACUUCUUACACUCGUUUGUUGAAAGUAGCCAUGGUGGAAUCCCUUUUCGUCCUGCUCCACUGCCAUUGUUAGGAUUAUCUGAAGGCGACAAACAAUGCAUACGUGAUCGUAGCAGCAUAAUGGCUAGGCACUUUUUUGCUGAUAAGAAUGAAGAUUUCAUUAAUGCACAGGUGAAUGCGCUAUUGUCUUCAUUAGACAUUGAUAGUGAUGCCCAUGCAAAGGGGCGUCUACCUAGGAGAUUUCGAGACUUGGAGGAUUACUGGAAUGAGUCACAAGGUAGUUUGAGACCAGGUCCUCAUCUUGCUGAUGGGUGGAUUUCAGAAUUUAGCCAGCACAGAUUAGACCAUAGUGAUCCUGAUGCUUGGGCUCAUGCAUUUGAACGGCAACAUGGUGCUAAUAGUUGUGUCUCUGAAUUUGAGCAGGAACAACUGUUGGCAUCAAUGGAUCAAAUAAGAGGGGCAAAUAUCCCAAACUUAGCAGCAAUGGAACAGACUCGUAUGCUUGCCCACACACUUGCUCAAAAUAAUGACCCUAAAUUUCAGAAUUCAAAGUUUCUUCAAUUUGUGUCAAAGAUGAGUCGUGGUGAACUUAUUAUUGAUGAUAAUCAAGUCAAGCCAGCCGCUGGACCUAGUGACUGGGCAACAGAAUAUCAACAAAAGUAUACUGGGGGUACUUCUUGGGCUGAUGAAUAUGUACGUGAUGAGGUUUCACAUGGACCUGAUCGAUGGGUGAAUGAGUUUGCCACUGAAAGAGAGCAAAAUGGGUCUGUUGAUGAUCAAUGGGUAAAUGAAUUCUCAAAGUUGCAUGUUAAUGACUGGGUAGAAGAAUUUGGGCAGCAGGUAGAGGAAGGAGCAUUGGGGGAUAGUUCUGCUGAUGCCUGGGCAAAUGCCUAUGAUGAGUACCUCAAUGAACAAGUAGCUGUCAAGAAGCAGUCAGAAGCUUCAAGGGGAGUUUAUGUGUUCUCUGAUAUGAAUCCUUAUGUUGGUCACCCCAAUCCCUUAAGAGAGGGCCAGGAGCUAUUCCGCAAAGGGCUUUUGAGUGAAGCGGUGCUUGCUUUAGAGGCUGAAGUCUUGAAAAACCCAGAUAACGCUGAAGGUUGGAGGUUACUUGGAAUAGCACAUGCAGAAAAUGAUGAUGAUCAACAGGCUAUUGCAGCAAUGAUGCGUGCACAGGAGGCUGAUCCCACAAAUCUUGAAGUGCUUCUUGCCCUUGGUGUGAGUCAUACAAAUGAGUUGGAGCAAGCAGCUGCCUUGAAGUACUUAUAUGGAUGGCUACAUAAUCAUUCAAAGUAUAGAACGCUUGCCACUACAGAGCUUGCUAAUUCAUUACAUUAUGCAAAUGUUGCUAGAUUAUUCAAUGAAGCUUCUCAGAUGUCACCUGAGGAUGCUGAUGUACACAUUGUACUUGGCGUGCUAUAUAAUUUAUCCAGGGAAUAUGACAGAGCCAUUGCUUCCUUCCAAAUGGCUUUGAAGCUCAAGCCACAGGAUUACUCCCUGUGGAACAAGCUUGGUGCAACGCAAGCCAACAGUGUUCAGAGUGCUGAUGCAAUAUUGGCUUAUCAACAGGCACUUGAUUUGAAGCCCAACUAUGUUCGUGCAUGGGCAAACAUGGGAAUCAGUUAUGCCAACCAGGGUAUGUACGAGGAGUCCAUUCGUUACUAUGUGCGUGCACUUGCUAUGAAUCCCAAGGCAGAUAAUGCCUGGCAAUAUUUGAGAAUUUCAUUAAGCUGUGCUUCUAGGAAUGACAUGCUGGAAGCUUGUGAUCGUUGGAAUAUAGACUUACUGCAGAAGGAGUUUCCGCUGUAAUAUUGAUGUUGGUUUGAAUUGAUGGAUGAAUGAUGGGUUCCCAUUUUGUGAGAGUGAGGGCUACACACUUUAAAGCCUUCUUCGUGUCCCUUAAAAGCUCUUUGCAUCCACGUCGAUUUUAGGUAUGGCUGCCUGUUUCACUACAUUCAGAUCUGCUAAAUGCUAUGCUUUCCUGAUCUUUGGAAGAACUUCAGUGAAAGUUUUUGAAGUUGGAAAACCACUACUGAUACUGGAGCUGACACUAACAGUCAUGAUUCUUAAACACAGGAAUGGAAAAGGGUAAUUUAAUAUAUAACUAGUUUUUUUGCUGCA